AUGGCAGAAAAACUGGUGUCGUUUCCGAAACUCAAUGGUUCCAACUACGAUAAUUGGAGUUUCAGAAUGAAACUGUUACUGACGAAAGAGGGCAAUUGGAUUGCUGUAGCGGGCACGAAGCCAGAACCGGUCACGGAAGUAUGGAAGUUAAAGGACGAGCAAGCGCUGGCAUCAAUAGGAUUGGCCGUGGAAGACAACCAGUUAAUCCACAUAAGGAAGGCCAAAUCGGCAGCUGAGGCGUGGAAAGCUCUUGAAAACUUUCAUGUGAAGAGGACGUUGACGACGAUGGUAUCCGUGAUGCGGAAAAUCUGCAGUCUACGCCUGGAAAAACACGGUGACAUGGAAGCACACGUUUCGAAGCUGGCGGAGUUGUUUGAGAAGCUUCACAAUCUGCAACCGGGAAAAAUCCUUGACGACGAGUGGUUGGUUGCUAUUUUGUUUAGCAGUCUACCGGAGGAGUACGAGACGUUGGUAACCGCUCUCGAAGCCCGUCCAGAAGAAGAUUUGACCCUCGACAUGGUAAAGGGUAAGCUUAUCGAUGAAUGGCAUAAAAAGAAACAGCGCAAUGGCGACGAAGACGACUCUGAGGCCGUGCUGUAUGCUGAUUCGAAAACCGAAACGGAUCGGUGUUUCUUCUGCAAAAAGUUGGGGCACCAGAAAGCAAAUUGUGAAAAAUUCCGAGUAUGGAGAGCUGCGAAGGAAAGUGUUAGCGUAACCAAGCAGCCGAAAGCUGGGACUAAGCAACCAAAAGUGGUAACCAAGCAGCAUAAAGCCAACAACGUGUCGCAGCGCAACGAAGAUCACUCUCGUUCCUUACUGGUUGCGGCAAUCAAACGGAAAAACUGUGGAUAUUAG